AUGGGCUGUUUCACGAAGAAAACGGACAACAAAGACACCGCAGAGAAUACUGUCGGGCCUGAGCUCUUGAAGGUACCAUCUCAUUCCCUCUCCAACGUAACAAGUACUGACCGGCCCAAGGUUCUUCCCCAGACAGAGCUUCCCUGGUAUCGAACAAAGCAUCUCCUUCUUCUUAACCUGAUGCUUCUUGUCCCCCUGCUCAGUUCCUCCGCUGUAGGAUACGACGGGUCUAUGAUGAACGGUCUCCAGACACUCCCGCAGUGGCGAAACUUCUUCAACCACCCGCCUCCUCCCCUCCUCGGCGCCAUCAACGCAGUCUACCCCGUCUGCAAGAUUCUCGGGUUGGUUCCAGCAAGUACCAUCUCAGACAAAUUUGGCCGAAAGGUGCCCAUCUAUAUUGGCCUCGUAUCGCUUGUGAUCGGGCCCGCUAUCCAAGCAGCGUCAAUCAAUCUUCCCAUGUUCAUCGUGUCAAGGGGUCUUAUAGGCUUUGCCACUGUCUUUCCUCAGGUCGCGUGCCCGAUUCUCGUUUCCGAGCUAUCCUAUCCUACACAUCGGGGCAAGAUGACUGCGCUGUACAAUACCUUCUUCUACUUUAGUGCUAUCGCGGCUGCUUGGAUCACCUAUGGAACUUUCAAGAUGCAAUCCACUUGGGCUUGGCGAUGUCCCUCGGCUCUGCAGGCAGCUAUUCCGUUUCUUCAGCUUAUGUUUAUCUACUGGGUUCCAGAAUCUGCUCGAUGGCUCAUUGCGAAUGGUAAGAAAGACCAAGCCAUCGCGAUUUUUACCAAAUUCCAUGCAGGCGGACAGGAAAACUCUCCACUUGUUGCGUUCGAGAUCACCGAGAUCGAGAAUGCUCUGGCGCUUGAAAGAAGUCAUGAGUCAUCAGCCUCGUGGAAGAUGCUCAUCAAGACGGCCCCUAUGCGGAGACGUACUAUUAUUGCAGCCAUCCUGGGCUUUUUCAGUCAGUGGAACGGCAUUGGCGUUGUCACAUAUUACUUGUCUCUGGUCCUCGAUACCAUCGGUAUCACGGAAGCCAAACACCAAGUUUUGAUCAACGGCUUGCUUCAGCUCUUUAACUUUGCCGCCGCUGUCUUUGCUGGUGCUUUGAUGGUUGACAGCUUGGACAGCACUCACGAGCUAUUUCAUCAGGAGCCACGACGAAUCAACUGGUCGAAUUGUGGUCGCUUGCCAUGCCAGACAAGUAUCGCGCGCGUUUUAUCAGAGGGCCACGUCUACACUACGGUGCUGGUGGGUGGUGCACCUGAAAAAUGCAUUUCGGAUGACAUACUCAACGUCAAAAUCGCUGUCAACGUCAUCAGAGGUAAGCUUCUGUAG